UUGACGGGCUACGAUUUAAAACAAGGAGAUCGAGAACCAUGAAAAAACUAUUUUUCGUAUGCAAAACUUCAUCUUUUGUUUUUUGUUUUACAUUUAUUUCGAUUUAUCUCAAAUUACACUUUCAAUUUGCAAUUUCAACCGAAAAUUCUGAUGAUUUACUCGAACUUCGAAAGAGACCAUUCAAACAUAAUAAAAUUGAAACUAUUGGAGAUUUCGUAAGAGCUUCCUCUCCGCUAUGUGGUACAAUAAGGCUUCCACAAUUCACUGCAUCCGAUUCUGAAGAUCAACAGCUAUUCAUUCUGGAAACAAAAGGACGAAUUCAUCUGACAGGGCGCCAGAGCUGCUCAGUUGAAUCUGCCGCUGUGAAUUCUGGACUGAAAGUCAAGGUCAUUUUCAAAUCAUCUUAUCUCGAUCUAUCGAAGAGUGAUAGUCUAUGCAAAAUAUACCACGCUAGAACAAAUGUCAGCUUCUAUACUCUCAAUUUUGAGGAGUUUUUCAAAAACUCGCCAGUGGAAGGAAUCAAAAGCAGGAUUGCGAAAUCCAAGGUCAGCUUCACCGAUUACAGCAACGUUCUCAGAUAUCUUUUACUGUACAAGUAUGGCGGCUUUUACAUGGAUAUUGAUGUGCUGGUGAUGAAAUCUUUGUCCAGGCUGGAGAAUUUUAUUCCUAUCACAAUGCUAAAAACUGAAAUGCUAGGGGGAGAAGAUCAAUGCACAAUUCCAAAUGGGACUCUCAAUAGUACCCGGCUCAACGGGACUCCGAUGCAUUUGAAGGCCGGCCACAUUUUUGCCCAUGAAUGGCUCCACCACAUGAACGCCUCCUUCAGCCCCAAGAAAGGGUGGGGACAACAGCCAAUCUAUAGUGGUGAAGUUGCCAUGAAACUAAUGAAUGCAAGUUCUGUAACCAAUGGUCUUGUAACUUUAAAUCAAGGUCAUCCACUGGAUAUAGCUGCCGAACUCUUGUUCGCGCCAGUAGACUGGAGAGAAGUUAAAACCAAACUAUGGUCAUCAACUGAAGUUUCACCUGAAAGCUGGGACGAGUUGUUCAAAUGCAGCUACACAGUUCAUUUUUUCUCACAUGUAACACAGAAUAUCAAGGUCAGAGGUGAUGCAAGAAGAGAAGCCUAUUCGUAUUUGGCACCGAAGCAUUGCCCCAAAAGUUUCAAAAAUAUCAAACAAUUUUAACAAUUUAUAACAAUUUUAAUGUUAAUUAAAUACAAAACAAGACUGCUCGUAUCAAGGCGAAGCUCUGAAU